CAAGCAACACCAAGAUCCCAACUAUUAAAAAUGAAAUACUUUGUGGUCUUCGCGCUGAUGGCCUUAGCCUUUAUUCAGGUGGUGUCGGCCCAGAGUACGACAGCAGCUCCGACGACAACAACAGUUGCUCCGACGACGACAACAGUUGCUCCGACGACAACAGCUGCUCCGACGACAACAACAGUUGCUCCUACGACAACAACAGUUGCUCCGACGACAACAACAGUUGCUCCUACGACAACUACUCAUGCGCCAACAAUUGCGCCCACUCCGAAGCUGAAACGCUGCUGGAGGGGAAACAACUGGUGCAACUUGAUUAUUCGCCCGACCUAUCCACAAAGAAGAAUGAAAUGUAAAAGCUUCUUUGGCCGCGUGAAAUGUUUUUACUAUUAACUUGAAAAUUU